UGGGCAGAUCCGGCUAGUGCCCACGUCUCUGCGCGCUCCGCCAUCCAGUUCCGAGACUCCCCCUCCUCUGCCGCUGCGCCCGCUUACUGGUGGGUGGGCGCUUCUCUCCGCGACACUUUGCAGACGCUCCCCUGCGCUGGGCAUGGGCGCCGCCACUGCCGUCGGUCCCGGGGCUGGAGUCCGUGCGCGGGUGGGUGAGAGCGGGGCCUCGGCCCCUUGUACCCUGAGCACCUAAGGGCGGGGAACGGUGCCCACGGUCGACACUCCCAUGCUGGUUGCCCAUUCUGGGACCCUUUGCCACGGUCGCCCCCUCCCACUUGUGGGACAAAGGGCGGGGGCGCAUCCCCACGCGUGACCUCCCACGCACUGCGCACGCGCCCAGCUCCCACUUCGGGGAGGGGCUUUACUCGCCCACGCGAGUGCGGGAGGAAUGGGCGGCUGGGACAGGGGAACGCUUGCAGGAUGGACACCCCCCCACCGACCCCAAGCGUGGAAGUUAGGGGUGGUUGUUUCUCCAUUUAUGGCUUUGGGUCCGGAGAUGGCCCAUGAUGAAGGGCUUUCUUAUUUAGGCCAAGUGUCCCUGUGGUGUUGACCCCACGAGGAACCAAAGAAUUUAAGGGCUGAGCCCCUUCACAACCAAGAGUCCUCUCGCUGAGCCCCCUCGCUCUGGUGCCCCCAAGGGCUCAGCUGCUCGUCCUGCAGGAAGCCUCCUCGAUAUGAAUGAGAGAAACCACCUUAGGCAGACAAUGAAGGAUGACGAGGCCUUCGAAGAGGCCCCCCACUUAGACUCACAGAUCUUCUACAGUCUGAGCCCCUCUCGGAGAGACUGUGAGGAGCCUCCAGAGGGCGCCUCGCCGACCCUGGCGCUGAUGAACAGCGUGAAGGCCCAGCUACACAUGGCGCUGGAGAGGAACUCGUGGUUGCAGAAGCGCAUUGAGGAUCUGGAGGAGGAGAGGGACUUUUUGCGGUGUCAGCUGGACAAAUUCAUUUCCUCUGCCCGGAUGGAUGCAGAGGACCACUGCCGGAUGAAGCCUGGACCUCGGAGGGUUGAUGGGGACAGCCGGGCCGGGGUUGGGGGAGAAGCGUCAGACCCUGAGUCGGCAGCCUCCUCCUUCAGCGGGGCGUCCGAAGAGGGAAGUGCCAGUGAGAGGAAGAGGCAGAAGCAGAAGGGAGGUACCGGCCGGAGGCGAUUUGGGAAGCCCAAGGCUCGAGAGAGGCAGCGGGUGAAGGAUGCUGAUGGGGUCCUCUGCCGCUACAAGAAGAUCCUGGGCACCUUCCAGAAGCUGAAGAGCAUGUCCAGAGCCUUCGAGCACCACCGUGUGGACAGGAACACCGUGGCGCUGACCACGCCCAUCGCAGAGCUACUCAUCGUGGCGCCCGAAAAGCUGGCUGAGGUGGGAGAGUUCGACCCAUCCAAGGAGCGCCUGCUGGAGUACUCCCGCCGCUGCUUCCUGGCACUGGACGACGAGACUCUCAAGAAGGUGCAGGCUCUCAAGAAGAGCAAGCUGCUCCUGCCCAUCACCUACCGCUUCAAGCGGUGAUGCCGCCCUGCCCAGCAGACUGCUGGCUAGGUCGGGCUCCCUGAGGCACCCCAGGGCUGAAGACGCCCUCCCUGAGCACUGGGCCCUCUCUCUGCCGCACACGCCAGGCACCCCACCUCCAUUUCAUCCCGCAAGGGCUGCCAGCCCGGCCUCCCUGGCCAGGAGGAGCCCAUCUGCAUAAUUCUGAAGACAGAGCAUUAUUCUGAGAGUUUAAAUUAAAGAGACAUGAAAAUUUUCAAUAAACUGGG